AUGGCUAAGAAAGAAGCAAUCGAAGUAGAAGCUCAGGUAACCGAGGCGCUCCCCAACGGAAUGUUCCGUGUGGAGUUGCCUAAUGAUCACCAGGUUUUGGCCCACGUUUCUGGAAAGAUUCGGAUGCACUUCAUCCGCGUGCUGCCCGGCGACCGGGUUCUGGUUGAGCUAUCCCCUUACGACCUGACCCGCGGGCGUAUCACCUAUCGCUUCAAGUAA